AUGGUGAGUCGGGGCGGUGGUCCUUCUGCAGCGGGAACUGGGCGGGGGGGAGGGGCGGUGGGGGGGCUCCGCUCAGCCCCACCCCGGGGACCCGCACAAACUUUCCUAUCCCGGGCACCGCCCCCGGCCCGCGCUCCCCCUGCGGGCGCGCUGUCCCCUCCCUCUGCCCGGGGCGCGCUCCGUUCUCCCCCCCCGCGGGGGCGCGCAUGCCCCGAUGUGCCGGUCCUGGAGCGCGCGUGGCUCCCCCCUCCCCCCGCAGCUACCUGGCGCGAGACUGGGGGGGGGGGCACGCCGCAGGGAGCCGGCAGCCGCCCUCCGCUGGCCAGACCCUCCCGCUCCUCGGCCUCCCCUGCCCCGAGAUGCUCCGUCAGCGCCCCCCCCCGAGUCCCCGCUGGGCUCCCAGCGCUCACCUUCCAGGCAGUCGCGGAGCGUCACCCCGCGCUCAACGCGCCCGAUGACCCACUGCGGCGGCGGCAGCGGCGGCGGCCGUGGAUGCUAGGCUGCUUCAGGAGACGGGGCGGGGCCCGGCAAGCACUUUCCACACCCUCCUCCCCCCCAGGCCAGCCCUCUCUUCUCCUCCCCAGCCCGCACAGCACGCCCCCUUUCCCUGAUAGGUCCCCGCCGCGUCACAGGCACCGCCUCCCAGGGCCUCCAUUGGCUGCGGGGACCCCAGCCCCGCCCAGUCACGUGAAGAAAGCUUGGCAACCCCACGUGCCUACAAACAGCACGUUUCCAGCCCGGGGGCCGGACUCCUACGCCCCCGUAGGUCCAGGCACAGUACAAGAUCUGGAGCUACAAAGAAAGGCAAGACUAAUCCCAGAUCUCGAAGAGCUAACAGUCAAAUGGGGUGUCGACAUUCGAACAACUAUGUAUGUACCAGAUCCGUGCAAGAUAACUUGGAAUCUCAUAAAGAAGAUGUUGCUGUUUCUACCUCCAUAGUAUCCCUCAAAUCUGACCCUUUCUCUAUGGUUGCAUCAUGACCACCUCAGCUCAGCCUGUCGUCACCACUCUAGGAUUGUGGCAGUGGCCUCCUAAUUGGACUCUGCCUCAAGCCUCUCCCCACUCCAGUCCAACUUCCCCACAGCCGCCAAAGUGGAUUUCCUUAAGUGCAGAUGAGACCAUGUCAGCUCAACAAACUACGGCAGUUCCUUGUUGACACCAGAAUCAAAUAACAAAUUUUUUGGAAUGUCAAGGCCUUUACAGCUUGACUCCAGCCUACCUUUUUAGCCUCAUUACACAUUGCUUUUCAUGCUUUGUGCUCCUGC